AUGGCGGCUGUUGCAAACGAAUCCCAAUUAAUUCUACCGCUAGGUGAGUUUUACGUCUGUUUCCUUACGAUUUAUUACUUUAAACAUUGACGAUGGGUACGAGCUAUAAUAAAUAGGUAAAAUUUAAUCCUGCUAUAAUGCAAAAAGUGGACAACUUCGUCAAAUCCAGUAUGGAAAUGCGUCGUACACUUUUACCUUACAAUAACACGUGCAACGAUCGUGAUUUAUACGUAGUUGUCAAAGUAUUAAUUGCAGAAAUGUUCGGCUGAUGUGGAAGUAGAUUCUCCCAUUUGCAGCUAUAAACAAAUAAUGAAGCAAAGUGAAAAUAAUUCGUUUGUAAAAAGUGUUUGUUUCUAUCAGAAUUAAUCGACAAGUGCAUUGGAUCUCGAAUUCACAUUGUCAUGAAGAGUGAUAAGGAGAUUGUCGGAGUACUUCUGGGGUUUGAUGAUUAUGUCAGUAUCCUUUCUGUCUGUUGACUACUUGGACAGUAACAUAUGCUGGUCCUACUAAAUAAAACUUGACUAAAUUAAACUACGCUUCAGAAUAAUUUAAAUUAGUACAAGCUAUUGUUUUUGGUCAACGAAAAUGUAAGGAAAAGCUGCUGGCCUGUUAGAACCCCAAUCCUAUUAUAGUCAAUUCUGUGGACAAUUUUAGUUCCCGCCUUAGUCAGUUUUGGGUGAAUGCAAUAUUUGUAAUCCCAACUUUGUCACUUUCUGUUUAUGUAACUACCUUAUAAAGCCUUUUUGAUAGGCCAUUUUUAAAUCCCUAGUUAGCAGCAUUUUCUUAACUCCAGAAUCCCAAAAAUGUGCUAGCCCAUUCUGGUAACUCUAUUAAAAAUGCAACACCAUUGUGCACAAUAGUCGAUUAGUCACAAAAAUGUGACCCCAUCCAACAGCACUCUCCCAAUAGCCUAUUACAAGGGUGUACCCCUUAGGACUUUUGUCCUUACUUCCUUCUGUUUGAGGUCUGUCAUUUGUUUUAUUUUGUGAGAGCAAUUUGCUAUUCAUCCUUUAUUUGUUCUCAGACAUUGUUUUAGAAGAUGUUACAGUAUUGUAAGUAUACAGAAUUUCAACUUUUCACAAUCUAAUUAAGAGGUGUACAUUGUGCAUGCAUUACCAACAGUGACUUUCUCUAACUUGUAAAUGGAUUUAACUAUGAGACUUGAAAGGCAUUUCUCUAAAUACCCUCACCCCCUCCCCACAGACAUGAUUUAUGAGGUGGUAAGAUCUAGUGGAAAUGUUAUGUUUAAUUUUGACAGUGAAAGCACACCAGAAGGACGAAGAAUGACAAAACUUGACCAGAUUCUGCUCAAUGGGAAUAACAUAACCAUGGUAUGUAAAUCUAAAAAUGUUGAUAAGAUUUUUGGUCAAUGUUUACCUAAAGUAAUCAUAGUGAAGCCUUUGUUUGUAGGCACUAGGUGCUUUUGUCAUUUAUUGAGACAAAGCCUACCAAGUAUGUGAAAGAAAUCACCACAAACCCUAUACACACAUAAACACUGAUGUAGUUACCUGUUUUUUUUUCUUUUUCAUGGAGACCUUUGCAUCAUGUGAAUAUUUUGUACAGUGUGAACUGCUACCUUGAAUUUAUUAUGUUUUUUCAUGUUCCCUUCUCUUAAUUUCUUUUCAGCUCAUUCCUGGUGGAGAGUAUCCUUUGUCAAAUGACUUGCAAUUGUCUCUCUUGAACUGCAAAUUUUAUCAUUUGUAGGAGGUGUUUAAGUAUUUUUGUCACUUUUCUAUAAACUUGGUUCUCCUUCUUUUAGUAGUCUAGGAUUUCCACCUUUCCUUUUUUCCACCAAAACAUUCAGAUUGUAAGAUAAGAAUUUUUGUCAGUAGACACAUACCAUCCGUUUGUAUUUUGAUUUGGUUCAAGAUUUUUCACAAGGUUCUUUGCUCACUUGUUUGUUUAGGUGUUACAUCAUUCUUUUCUUUCAAGUUUUUAUUUCCAGUUUUUGAUAUGGUAAAUAACAUUACUUUCAGUUGUUAGUGACAAAUUCAUGAAAUUGUUGCUUGGUUAAUCAGCAUUGAAUCCUUAACAAAUUCACAGGGGCCCGGAGAUAUGAUGUGUGCAACAAGCAUGGAAAGGAAUCAGCCGCUAAAAUCAUACAUCUGUAUAUACAAUGUCUGUUUUUAACAGAUACCCUUAUAGGAUCCUUCCCUCAUUUACAGCUGUAUUAGUUUCUGAGUGAAAAAGAAAUAGAAUUAAAGAAAACAUGUAGAGUCUUGAUUCACUGUAUAACAACUUAAGGAUAUCAUGGGUGGGGCAGUGACAAGACCCCUCACUUUCCCAUUGCUUGUGUGGCUGGAAGAAGGGAAGUUUUUCCCAACACAAAGUGCAAAUUUUGAAAUGGACAAACCCCAACAAUUGCACAUAUGUACCAAACAGGCCGCAAACCAAUACACCAAUUAGAACUGGUUUUAAUUUGUUGUCUGGUUUAGUCCUUGCUUUUUCCCAACUCUCAAAGUCCCAAUUCAACUAAGAAACAGUGGAUGGACUGGCCCUCCUUAAAUGUGUUACUGCUAGGUUUUUCCAAAAAUUGUAAGCCUUUGACUCCAUGGAGUGACUGGCAUCUAACUUCUCCUGCCAACAACACACCUAAAUAAAAAAUUGAGG